ACCCAGCCAGCUCGUGGCAGAGGUGUGACCCAGGAGAAAGGAGAUGCUCCUUGUGUCCAUCCCUGAGGCCAGAUGAAUCUCUUGUCAAUGGCAGUGGUGGCGGAUCCUGAGCUGAAAUGGAUGAGUCUAUGGCUCCGGGUCCGAUGGGCAGCAGUGCUCGUGGUCCUGGUGGGCUCUCUGUUGGUGCUGUUGCUCCCACUGGCUGCAGUAGAAGAACAGUGUCAGGCAGUGCUCAAAGGACUUUCCUUCCUGAAAAAUAAAUUGGGAACAAGCUAUGUAGGGAUUACAAGGUACACAGGGCAAACAACUGGACUCAGCGUGACUUCAGGUGGAUUAGAGUUGCUGGUGCUGAAACCCAAAGCCUCUCCAGAAGUCAAAUUAGAAGCCAAAGCAGCUUUGAACCAAGCCCUUGAAAUGAAGCGUCAGGGAAAGCGUGAGAAAGCCCAUAAACUCUUCAUGCAUGCUCUCAAGAUGGAUCCAGAUUACGUUGAUGCUCUGAAUGAGUUUGGCAUAUUUUCUGAAGAGGAAAAAGACAUCAUUCAAGCAGACUACUUGUACUCCAAAGCAUUGACUAUUUCUCCUUGUAAUGAAAAAGCUCUGAUCAAUCGGGACAGAACUCUGCCUCUGGUUGAAGAGAUAGACCAGAGAUACUUUAGCAUCAUUGACAGCAAAGUUAAAAAAGUGAUGUCAAUCCCCAAAGGCAAUUCAGCCCUGCGGCGAGUGAUGGAAGAGUCCUAUUACCACCACAUUUAUCACACUGUUGCCAUUGAAGGGAACACAUUAACACUUUCUGAAAUACGGCACAUCAUUGAGACCAGAUAUGCUGUUCCUGGGAAGAGUCUAGUGGAGCAGAAUGAAGUCAUCGGUAUGCAUGCUGCAAUGAAAUAUGUGAAUACCACGCUGGUAUCCAGAAUAGGCACUGUAACUAUCAGUGACAUUUUGGAGAUACACAGGAGAGUCCUGGGCUAUGUAGACCCAGUGGAAGCUGGGAGGUUUAGGACUACCCAGGUGUUUGUCGGACAUCAUAUCCCACCCCAUCCUCAAGAUGUUGAAAAACAGAUGCAGGAGUUCGUACAGUGGAUCAACUCGGAAGAUGCCAUGAGCUUACACCCUGUGGAAUUUGCUGCCUUAGCCCAUUAUAAACUGGUAUAUAUACACCCAUUUGUUGAUGGCAAUGGAAGGACCUCCCGCUUGCUAAUGAAUCUCAUACUAAUGCAGGCAGGCUAUCCACCCAUCACAAUCCGUAAGGAACAAAGGGCAGAGUAUUAUCAUGUAUUAGAAGCAGCCAAUGAAGGAGAUGUAAGACCUUUCAUACGCUUCAUUGCAAAAUGUACUGAGACCACUUUAGAUAUGCUGCUUAUUGCCACAACGGAAUAUUCGGUGGGUUUACCUGAGGCUGAUGGCAGCACUACUAGAUACAAGCAAACUAUUCCAGUCAAAACGUGAAUGGUAUGGUGACCCAAUGACAAAAUGAAUGAGGGCUACUCAAUAUUCCUGUUGAGAAACAGCUCCAUAAGAAAAGAAAAUCAUUCUUAACAUUUCAUUUAUUUUAUUUAAAGUUUAAUAAAUUAAUAUACUUUAUUCAUUAUCUUUAUGCCAAGCUAAACUGUGAAGUGUUGGUGUUUAAUGUGCACUAUGUCCAGCUUGUGUUACUGAAGGGGAAAGGAGAGAGAAAUCCAAAGUGAGGCCAAUUUAGAAGUAUCAUCCAAGCCAUAGUUAUACCUAACUGAAUUUCUACAAUCCUAGAUGGGAUGGCUUUCUAAAGCCAACACCUUGUAAUUGCCUUGAUGCCAAGUCUGUCUUCAUUUGUAUCUCAAAGGGCAGGCAUGAGCAUCCUUUCUAAACAUCACAAGCUGGGGGGUAGUAUUUUGUUUUGCUACCAUUGCCUUAUUUCACUUUCCAACAAAACCCUUUCUAGUCAGUGUUGUAGCACUUUAUUUAGAAGCCUUUUAGAGGGAUUAUUUUACAAUUGUUCAAAAGCUCCAAGUAUCCUUUCCUCCUUCAUCCCACUGCUAUGUGCCAUAUUGUUCAUGUGCAAUGAGUAGAUUACUUACCAAAACAUGUAAAAUUAGGGGGUUACUUUUCUUUUUAAAAAUUUGUGCAGCCACAUUUUAAAUGGUUAGUGUUCAGUUCCUUUUCUUUGGUUAUGCAGCAAUCAAGAAAUUUAUUUUAAAGUUAGUGUGAGAUUGUCCAGGGGAAACUGAACAGACCCUGUCUAAAUUUGUCAACUACAUUGCAACUUGAUUUCUUACACUGUGCAUAAAACCCCUCUACUGCCUUCUGCAAUUUAGUUAGGACUAGGGGUGUUAAAAUGUGUUUUAUUAAAGGACAACAGCCUACCUAAUGCUGCAAGCAAAAGUUGCAAUGCAAUAAAAGCGCCUCUUGCAGGGAACACUCCAGUUAUGUUUGAAAAUAGGUAGCUUGGGUAAAGCAAUGGAAAGUAGGAUGCAAGCUCCAACCCCAUCAUUUCAACAGAGAAAAUAACAGGUGUGUAUACUAGAUACUCUAUAUCCAGCUAGGGCAUUUUGAAAUGGUGCAAGAGGCUACUAGUCCUGACUGAUGGCUUUAACAACGUCUAAAUUUCCUGACUGCUAUUGCAGGUGAGCUAUCAAAGUCAUCUCAACAGUAUGGAGCGAGCCUCUUUCUGAUGCUCUAAUUUUCCAAGUACUCAGAAGCACAUCAGACAGUUUUCUGCGCUUAGGCUCCAGUAAAUCCUAAUACUAUAGUCUAGUUGUUUGCAUAAAUGCUUAAGUUGCAGUAAUGAAACAAUGUCUUAAUAUACUGCCAUGCUCUCUCCUUUGCUUUGGUCAGGUCUACACUAUGCAAGAAAGUCAACCUAAAAUACACCACUCCAUCUACAAGAAUAGUGUAGCUUGAUUCGAUGUACCUUAAAUCCAAUUUCUUCAGUCUCAUCCCUGUGGGAGGUUGAGGGGAAAGAUUCUCCCAUCCAGUUUCCCUUAAUCCUUGUGAUGGGAGCACCAUCAGUAGUCAAUUUAGCAAGUCCUUACUAGACCUGCUAAACUGAACUCCAGAAGAGUAAUCACUGGAGUGUCACUCUUGGGGUAAGUGUAGACCUGGCCUUUCAUUAAAAAAAAAAAAAAAGGAGGGGGGGGCCUUUGAAGUUGAGAGAGGACGCACUGUAACAAACUGGAAA